AUGACAAAUAUCAAAGUCUUCAGUGGCAGCUCCCAUAGUGCUGACCACCUGGAUCUGGAGCUGGGCAAGGCUGUGACCAAGAAAUUCAGCAAACAUGGGACCUGCAUGGAAAUCAGCAAGAGUGUGCAAGAAGAAGAUGUCUAUAUUGUGCAGAAUGGUUGUGGAGAGAUCAGUGAAAAUCCAGGGGAGCUUUUGAUCAUGAUUAAUGUCUGCAAGAUGGCCUCAGCCAGCCUGGUUACUGCAGUCAUCCCAUGCUUCCCUUAAGCCUGGCAGGAUAAGAAGGGCAAGACGUGGGCCCCAAUGUCCACCAAGAUUGCUGCAAAUAUGCUGUCUAUAGCAGGUGCAGACCAUAUCAUCACCAUGGAACCACAUGCUUCUGCUUCUAAAAUGCAGGGCUUUUUCGAUAUCCCAGGAGAUAAUUUGUAUGCAGAGCCAGCUGUCCUGAAGUGGAUAAGAGAGAAUGUUGAGUGGAGGAACUGUACUAUUGUCUCAUCAGAUACUGGUGGAGCUAAGAGAGUGACUUCCAUUGCAGACAGUUUGAAUGUGGACUUUGCCUUGAUUCACAAGAAACAGAAGAAGGCCAGUGAAGUCAAACCCAUGGUGAUAGUAGGAGAUGUGAAGGAUCAUGUGGCUAUUCUUGUUGAUGACAUGGCUGACAUUUGUGGUAUGACCUGCCAUGCAACUGACAAACUUCUCUCACGAGCCACUAGAGUUUAUGUAGCCUUGACUCACUAUAUCUUUUCUGGCCCAGCCAUUAAUUGCAUAAACAGGGCAUCCUUUGAAGCAGUGGUUGUCACCAACACCAUACCUCAGGAUAAGAUGAAGCACUGCCCCAAAAUACAGGCAAUUGACAUCUCUAUGAGCCUUGCAAAAGCCAUUAGGAGAACUCACAGUGCAGAGUCUGUUUCCUACCUAUUCACCCAUGUCUCUUUAUAUUAA